CCUUCUUUAGCUCAGUCCUCCUUAAAGGCUCCCCACUGUCUCUCUCUGCAUUUUCACGUUGUUGCUGUGCUGAGCUGAGCUGAGCUGAGUUGCGUGUAUAAAAAAAAGGGCUUGAGUGGGAGGAGGGUCUGUGCGCGCUUUUCCUUCCCCUGAACUGCUGCGACGACCAUUGAAUUCCGACCUGAAACGCCCCAGAUUUUCGCUGCUUUUGAGGGCGAGUACUUCUCAGAGCCCGCCGUCUUUGGGGGGGCUGCUUUUGGCGGAGGCGAAUUGGGUGGCGCAUUAAUACGAAAGUCGGGAGCUUUCUUUCCCUCCCCUUCCCACCAGCGCCACCGAGGGCAGCAGAUCCUUGCGUCCUUUUCCCACCCCCUCUCUCUGUCUUCAAUUAUUUCGACCAUUUAAGCCCCUCCUCCGCCUCUGCUCUGCAGCAGCACUGCCCCUCCGUCUGCUCUUCGCUUUCCUUCUUUCUUCCUUCCUUUCUUCUUAAAGCCCCAGCGCAGGUCGAGGGAAGAGGGAGAAACAGAGUCAUCAGUGAGUGAGUCGAGCGAGUGGCCCUUGGGAAACGCGGCAGACCCUUUUGCCCGCAGGUCAAGAAGGUGACGUUUCGGAGACGAGGACAGACAGAGACGUAGGAGCGUGCGAAACGAAGGAAAUGUUGGGUCAGAAGCAAGCAGAAUCGGAAGCCAUCGUCGCCAACGCGACCGAGGCAGAGCUCAACCUCGCCAAGGACGGCCACGACAGGGCGCUGGAGGAUGGCGGGGCGGACGAGAGCUCCUCCGCGUUCAGCGUCAAGAGCUUCCUCUGGCACGGCGGCUCCGCCUGGGACGCCUGGUUCAGCUGCGCCUCCAAUCAAGUGGCGCAAGUGCUGUUGACGCUGCCGUACUCGUUCUCGCAGCUGGGGAUGACGUCGGGGAUCAUCUUCCAGAUCUUCUACGGCCUCUUGGGAAGCUGGACCGCGUACCUCAUCAGUGUCCUCUACAUUGAGUACCGUACCAGGAAGGAGAAAGAGAACGUCAGCUUCAAGAACCACGUCAUUCAGUGGUUCGAAGUGCUGGACGGGUUGCUCGGGCCGUACUGGAAAGCCGUGGGGCUCGCCUUCAACUGCACUUUCCUCCUCUUCGGUUCUGUCAUUCAGCUCAUCGCUUGCGCAAGCAACAUAUACUACAUCAACGACCACCUGGACAAGCGGACCUGGACCUACAUCUUCGGCGCCUGCUGCGCGACGACGGUGUUCAUCCCCUCCUUCCACAACUACCGGAUUUGGUCCUUCCUCGGCCUCGGCAUGACCACCUACACCGCCUGGUACAUGGCCAUCGCCGCCCUCGUCCACGGCCAGGCGGAGGGGGUGACGCACACGGGGCCGAACAAGCUGGUGCUGUACUUCACCGGAGCCACCAACAUCCUCUAUACAUUCGGCGGCCACGCCGUGACGGUGGAGAUCAUGCAUGCAAUGUGGAAGCCCCAAAAGUUUAAGUACAUCUACUUGAUGGCCACGCUGUAUGUCUUCACCCUGACGCUCCCGUCGGCCGCCGCCGUGUACUGGGCCUUCGGCGACGAGCUCCUCAAUCACUCCAACGCCUUCUCCCUCCUCCCCAAGAAUGGAUUCCGUGAUGCUGCCGUCAUCUUGAUGCUCAUUCAUCAGUUCAUAACGUUCGGGUUCGCGUGCACGCCGCUGUACUUCGUGUGGGAGAAGGUGAUCGGGAUGCACGACACGAAGAGCAUGUGCAUGAGGGCGCUGGCAAGGCUGCCGGUGGUGAUCCCCAUCUGGUUCUUGGCCAUCAUCUUCCCCUUCUUUGGCCCCAUCAACUCCGCCGUUGGCGCCCUCCUCGUCAGCUUCACGGUCUACAUCAUCCCCUCCCUCGCCCACAUGCUGACCUACCGAAAGGCCUCCGCCCGUCAGAAUGCCGCGGAGAAGCCGCCGUCGUUCUUACCAAGCUGGACGGCCAUGUACGUGAUCAACGCCUUCGUGGUGGGAUGGGUCUUGGUUGUGGGCUUUGGGUUCGGCGGCUGGGCCAGCAUGACCAACUUCGUCAGGCAAGUCGACACGUUCGGUCUCUUCGCCAAGUGCUACCAAUGCAAGCCGCCGCCGCCGCCUGCCACCGCUGCGCCACACCAUUGAGCCACGGCUCUCGGCUUUGCCGUCAUGCAUCAAGCCCCCGAUUUUCCGCCAUUUUCAAGACAACCAAAUCUUUCCUAUUUUGUCCAAGUAGAUCAUGUAACAUAUACAUGGGGAUAGUGGGCACUGGGCAAUGAUUCCCCUUCCCCUCCAUGUGAUGUGUGCUGGAAUUUCCUUCUUUUGCCCCCCCCCCCUGCAAUUUUUUUUUUUGCUUUAUAGUUUUUAUUUUCCCCCUUUUCGUUAGAAAAUUUAGUUGGUGAUACUAAUAUAUAGUGUGUGAAGAUUCCCUUGCUAUUAAAGCAUAGGCUAUAAAAUCAAUAUAUGUAAUGCCUAGCUUGAGCUUUUUUCUUUAAAAAUUCCAAUUCCAAUUCCAAUUU